CAGUCAUGGCCGCCAAGUCUGGCUAUGACGCUGGCGUGAAGCCCCUCCAAAAUGCAAUGAAAAUGGCUAAAUUGGCAAUACAACUAGACGCAGGGAACAGACACAAGGAAGCAUAUUGUGAGUACCUGAAGAGUAUCAGCUACAUUUCCAAUUCGCUUCUGGAGGAUGCGAUGUCUCAAACGGACGGAGAAAUGGUUGCGGUGGAGGUGGAGAGGAUGCUGAGGUUGGCAGAGCAGUGUUUAGAGAGAGCCAAGUCCUUCAUAGAGCACUACUCACCCACCCAGACCCAAGCCCUAAGCCAGAACCAGAGCUCAGACCUGAACCAGCCCACAACCCAAGACACUACUGUUGUUGUAGCAAGCUGUGGAGAUUGUGUCACACCACAAGAGGCUGUGGCUGAGAUGAAGCACAGAGCCAAUCCAAGGCUGGGGCACCGUAGGGUUCAAUCUGAAGGAGAGGGUGAGCUCUCCCCCUUCCUGCCCCCUGAAGUCUUCCAGAGAUUGCAGACAGCAGUGUUACAGGAUAUGAAGAAGGAGCUUACACCGAUUGAGGAGGCUUCACGUCUGAACCAAAAGCUGAAAGCCAAUUAUCAGGCUCGUCUGGCAAGGCUCCAACCUGGGCAGGCAACUCAGAAGACUUCUCUGAAGCUGUCUCUUCAGCGACAAAUGAUGGAAAACCUGAUCAUAGCCAAGGCCAGGCAGGACGCUCUUCAGAGGAGGAUGGAGGAGAGGAGACUGAGACUGCAGGAGGAGGCCAACAGGAGAUUUGCAGCAUCUGGUACAGUGACAACAGAGGAGCAAGAGCAAAGGCUUCUGUACACCAACGUUCUGGAGUAUGAACAAGACCACAACUGGCCCAAGCUGUGGAAAGAGAAACUUAAGAAGAGCCCAGAUGAUGACAGCCUGGUGUCCGGUCUAGUUGCAUAUCUUCUCAGCCGCGCAGACCACCCAGUGAUGAUGCUCCUAAAGAAGCACCAGUAUCGCAUCUACAACCAUCUCUACCCCCUGGUGAGCAGGGGGCCCCCGGCCAGCCCCUCCCCCACCCUCAAGCCUUCCCGCAGCGCUCAGAACCUGCUCAACCCAGAACCGCACCAGAAAUCGGGCUCAGACUACAACACCUCGCUCUCCUUCUCCAACGAGCACAACGCGAGUGAGGAGGAGCUGGACAGCGCCGGCCCGGCCAGCCCAGGUACCGACCACUGUGUGGACCGGGAGAACUCGUUUGAGGACCUCGAGCAGUUCUUGACCCCGCUGGACUGGGCCCCACCCCAUGGGAACGCGAGGGUGGACAGUGAUUUGACCUUUGAAGCCUCGACCCAGAUUGAACCAGAGUCUGAGAGCAUCAUCCAUGGGUUGGAGGUCCGCGCCCUCAAAGAGCAUCUGAAGGACAUUGUCAAGGACAUACACAUUGCCAUAGACCAGCUUUUAUCCCUGUGUCUGCUCUCCUUUGAGUGCCUCAACACAGCCACGUCUAAAGACCUGUGUUUGGCCAGCAUUGAAGAGGCCUUCUUCACCCCUCUGUGGAGCCCUCUGCUGGCUCUUUUCAGGAAGGUGAAUCGAGACCGGGAGCUGUGUCUGGAGGACAGCAUGCGACUCCACCAUGAGGUGACACCUGGAGACGUGGGUGUCUCAGCUAAACUGUUCCCCCAGGACCCCGCAGUGCUGCACGGUUCCUACCCCUACGAGUGUGCAGUGCAGGAGCUGCGUUCGAUGUGCAAAGACUCCUGUCCCCAGAGGAAGCUGGAGUGUCUGGUGAGGACAUUGCGUCUCAUCUGUGCGUGUGCCGAAGACUACAGAUGUCUCCAUGAGGCGGACUCUGCACCCAAAACAGCUGCCAUUGGUGCAGAUGACCUGCUGCCCAUCCUGUCCUUCGUGGCCCUGAGGUGUGGCUGUCCUCAGCUGCUCUCUGAAUGUGCUGCCCUGGAGGAGUUCAUCCAUGAGGGGUACCUGAUUGGAGAGGAGGGCUACUGUCUGACCUCCAUGCAGAGCGCACUGACAUAUGUGGAGACGCUCCACACCGGAGGAGGCCUCGACAAACUCACCUGAGCCAGGUUGCUGGUCUAAAAGAAGCUCAGCUUCGAGCAUGUUUCUGCUCCGUUUGUCCACUAUAGUGUCCACCCCCCCUCUACCACCUCCAACCCCCCCCACCCCCCUCAUGUGGUGUAGGGUGUGAGUGAGAAUGUGAGCAGAGGGAAUUAUUUGUGCACUUUCAGUGUUUUGUAUGUGAAAGAUCCGGUUUGUGUUGAUGGUUUACUGCAUCUCCCAGUCAUCCAAUAGACUGUCAGCUCACUGAAUCAGGGUUUUAAUUAACUGUGGGACAGACAAUACUUGCAUUUUAUUUAGCACUUUUAGUGUGUAACACUUUUUUGUUCUUUGUUCUGUCAGAUGAAUUGUGUGUGUGCGUGCGUCCAUGUGCAUGAAUGUCCAAACGUGGCAAAUUGUUACAGCCAGGGACUACAAUGAUACAAUGAUGAUGACUGCAGUUUAGGGAAUUAGCUUCUUUUUUUUUCUUUUUUAAGACUUUACAACUUGCAUAUCUGAUUGACCUGGUCAGAAAACAUAAGACUGUGACGUAAAGAGGAGAGACGGUAUGGGAGUGCUUCUGGCCGUUCUAGAGAGCCUGGUGUAAGAAACACAUCUCUUCCUGCAGUCACCUCAGGUGGUGAGGAGAUCCAGGGGUUUAAAACUAACAGGCACCCUCAUUAAUAUGACGGCUGAUCUGUCUUCCGAUUGGUUAAGCAUGUAGUUCUCAGUCCUUCUCACUUCAAAAUCAGUGUUUUAGUAGAAAAGAAAGAAAUGUCUGUUUUUUUAAGGAAUUGUAAAAGGUCAUUUUGAAGUUCACUGUCUGGGCUCUAAUAUGUGAACGCUUUGUACCUGGUUAAUUCACUUCAGUUAGGUUUUAUACAGUGGAUUUUAGUGCUAACUGACUGGUAGUUUCCUUUUUUGCUAUUUAAUGUUUAAUUUUUAAGUCAAAGAAAUAAAAGGGUUAAAAGGUAAUGUGAAAAAAUGUUUCAGAAUUGCGAUUUGAAUUGUAACGCCUUCUAGCCAGGUUAAAUGUGAUCAUUUUUCCUGUGAAAUGUGUGACACCAAAUAAAUGCUUUUCUGUGACUUAGAGAGGCUUGUAAAUGUAUGUAAAUACAGUAAAAUAACCUGGAAGUUGUUUGAACUGUUGAAUGAAACCAGUCCACUAAUACUACGCUACGAAGAUGACAUACUGUUUUAGGAUGGUUUCUAUUACUCUUGAAGACUCGAUGAAUGUAAACUUUUUUUGUCAAUUUAACAUGAUGCUGUUUUACUGUGCAUACCAUAUAUUUUACUGUGUACAAGAGAAGGUCAAAGUUGUAAAUCCUGGGGAUUUAUAUUAUAGUAAAUAAUAAUAAUAAAGUAGACAUUUCAA